AUGCAUUCCAAACGUUUCUGUGUUUUCGAAGCUGGUGAAAUGGACUUUUUCAUUUGUAGUAAAGACAGAGGCAUUAUAAUACUGGAAGUAAAAAGUGGAAACCAACCUAGAGUCUACAACAGUGCGCAACAGCAACUUGAGAAAGCAGCUAGAGCAGUAAAAAUGAAAGUCAGAAAGAUAAAAAUAUCCAGGGAUCAAUCUGUUUCUGUACGAUAUGCGGUGGUCAUGCCUAAUGCAUCAAGACAAAGCGAUAAUCCUCCUUCUGAAGAGGGCUGCUAUGAAGAAGACCUAGCCUCCAGAGAAGCAUUUGAAUAUUGGCUUAAUUUAUUUAUGCCCGUGCUAGAAGAUCCACGAAAGCUGAAUAAUGAGAAAUAUGAUAAGUGCCUUGCAUGUUUUUUAUCAAUUAUAUUGACUGAUUAUAACUUUAACUACAUCCAUUCUCAUUUGACAAAAACACGCACCCCAGAACAGGCUGAAAUUUUAGAAGGAUUAAAUGAAGAAGCCUAUAUUACAGGUCCAGCUGGCAGCGGGAAAACUGCAUGUCUGGUUAUUAAAGCAAGCUCUGAAGAACUCCAAUACCAAAGAAAACUUGUUGUGGUGUCCAACACACCCCUAAGGGAUCAUUUAGGAAAGAAUUCCCUUGUUGGAGUCCAAAACAAUCAAGAAAAACUUGUAGACAUUGCAAUCCAAUUAGUAUUAGAAGAUAAUUCUGCAGUUCGUUAUUUUGAUAGCAUCUUUAUUGACGAGGCUCAAGACUUCGUUGGCAACUGGCAGCUUCUUUUUGAUAUUUUGCACAACAAAGGCGAAGGACACUACAAGUGGAUAUUUUACGAUAACAACCAAAAGCUGAGAUCUACCCCGCCGACACAAAACAAGUCACAUUCAGAGUACCAUCUUACGAAAGUCAUACGAAACACCAAGAAGAUAUUUGAUGCAUCCAUGGAAUUUUAUAGUUCACAGAAAACUGUCAAGAUUGGUCAUAAGAUUGUGGGUCCAGAAGUUCAAAUAAUGUGCUUUUUUCCUCAAGAUAUAGAAAAUAUCAGUUCCAAUGUCGUCCAAUUUAUCACAGAGUCCAUUACUAAGUUAACAUGUUGCUUGGGAGUUGCAAGACCGGGCGAUAUUUGCGUAUUGAUGGAAAAUAAAGAGAGAGCGAUAACGGUAGGACAAAAAGUUCUACAAAUGUCAAAUGGUAAAGUAGUGCCUUUCCAACUGGAGCAAAUGGUUGAGUAUAUGGACGACAAACGUCAGUGGCCCAGAGAUUUGAUCGGUGAUCGCGGAAACAUUGGGGUUACUGUUGAUUCUGUUUCUCGUUUUAAGGGUCUGGAAUCCAAAGCUGUUAUCCUUGUGAUCGGUAGUCGUAAAACGCGCCAAGUCAUAGAAAAGAUGUAUGUGGGAACAACAAGAGCAUUUUGUCAUUUAACGGUUCUUUACACUCAAAAUGUCGUGCGUUCCCUGAGAUCCGCUGAACUGGCAAAUCCCUAAAUAGAUAGUAUGUCACUAGAGGGAAAAAAUAGAAUGAAAUAUGCAUGAGGAUAAAU